AUGAGCAAUCCACUUGACGCAGACUUGGCCGCCAUGGCGGAAGCCCGCCGUCUCAGCAUCGUCGUAGAUGAGAAGGGCGCCACGUACGGCGAGAAGAGCCAUGAUCCGGCCUCCGAAGCUGGUAGCCAUGACGAUGAACCGACGAUGGAGGAGAUGAAGACAUUGCGCCGUGUGUCCGGAAAAAUUCCAUGGCAGGCCUACACUGUGACAUUUGUGGAAUUCUGCGAGCGAUUUUCCUACUAUGGAACCACUGCGGUGUUUGUCAAUUUCAUUCAGCAGCCACGACCGUAUGGAUCUCGGACUGGAAAUUGGCAACCGAACGAGUAUUGUUUUUCUGCACCGGGAUGGGAUGAGGCUUCUUGCAAACAGGCCGGUGGUCUCGGACAGGAUCAGAGGGCUGCUACUGGUUUGACUGUGAGUCGAUCCACGCUGAUCGAAACGAGAGUUGGAGAUACUCACAUCUCCCAUUAGACUUUCAAUCAAUUCUGGGCUUACCUGAUGCCCCUUGCUGGUGGCUACAUCGCAGAUACAUACCUCGGUAAGAACUCCCAUCGCAAUGCCAAUGAAUCGCACACGCUAAUCUCGCACAAGGCCGCUACGCGACCAUUCAGUGGAGUGUUAUGUUCGCUAUCAUCGGUCACAUCAUCCUCGUCGUUAGCUCUCUCCCCACCGUCAUGGACAACCCAUCAGGUGCUCUUGGAUGCUUUGCCGUCGGUCUGGUCAUCAUGGGCCUGGGAACUGGAGGUUUCAAAUCCAACAUUUCGCCCCUCCUCGCCGAACAGAUUCCGCAAACGCGACCGAAAGUCAUCACUACCAAAAAAGGAGAACGAGUCAUCGUGGAUCCGCAGGUCACUUACUCCCGCGUCUUUCUAUACUUCUACCUGAUGAUCAACCUUGGAUCUCUUGCUGGAUCGAUUGGAAUGGUUUACGCUGAGCGAGAUGUUGGAUUCUGGCUUGCCUAUGCUAUGCCGACUUUCCUCUUCAUAAUCGCACCAAUCGUCCUAAUCGGCUGCAAGAAACACUACAAACUUCAACCUCCAACGGAGUCCGUUCUCUCGAAAGCAUUCAAAACACUAGCCCUCGCAAGCAAAGGCUGUUGGUCCGCCAACCCUCUCCAAACAAUCCAAAACUUCAAACGGGACGAUUUCUGGGACCGAGUCAAACCCAGUCGUCUCGGAGACAGCGCGCCCAAAUUCCUAGAGGGCGUCGACGACGCUUGGGUCGAUCAGGUCGCUCGGGGUUUCAACGCUUGCAAGGUCUUCACCUGGCUUCCGCUGUACUGGCUUGCUUACAACCAGAUGGUGAACAAUCUCACUUCCAUGUCCGCGACGAUGCAACUCAAUGGGGUUCCCAACGAUUUGAUCAACAAUCUGAAUCCCGUGACGCUCGUGGUCUUUAUCCCGAUUAUGGAUGCGGUUGUUUAUCCGGCGAUUCGGAAGGCGGGCAUUAAUUUUACUCCUAUCAAGAGGAUUACUUGGGGUAAGCAACCCAUUCUGACCUUUUCACGGCUCACGUAUAUGUCACCAACCUUCUUCAUCCAGGCUUCUUCAUCGCUUCCGCUGCCAUGAUCUCCUCCACCGUCAUCCAAUACUACAUCUACCAAACCUCGCCCUGUCCCUCUUCAGAAGUCAGCAGCGGCACAGGCUGCGAAUCCCCCCUGAACGUGUGGAUCCAAGCAGUCCCCUACUGCCUCAUCGCCUUUUCCGAAAUCUUCGCAUCCAUCACCGGUCUCGAAUACGCCUUCUCCAAAGCGCCCGAGAAUAUGCGCGGGCUCGUCAUGGGCGUCAAUCUCGUCCAGAAUGCGUUUGCGGCCGCGAUCGGACAGGCAUUGGUUCCUCUCGCCGAAGACCCGCUCUUGACGUGGAAUUAUGCUACGGUUGCUAUUCUGGCUUUUGUGGGUGGCGCGGGGUUUUGGUUUACAUGGAGGGGGCUGGAUGCGAAGGAGGAUGAGCUGAAUAUGAUUGAGACGACCAAGUAUACCGGGAGAGGACGGGCGGUAGAGAAGGAUGAGGAGAGUUGA